UCUUUUUCUUUUCAUGCUGCUUUUUUAAUAUUUAUUUUUCUAUUAUCAUCCUUUUUAUUUUUACGUUUAGAAGCCAUGUUUCACACUUAUCAAUACAAAUUUUUAACUUACUUUAAUUCUAUACCGAAAAUGUUUUGAGUCAUUAAUUAUUAAAAUUCUAAUGCCACAUUUUUGCACAGGUACCAUAAGAAAUUUGGCCGAUACAUUGCCUGUUUGCGUUGGUAACUCCCACCCAUUUCAUUGAAAACUGGUGAAAUAAAUUUUUUGGAAACAGUUACACAUCUGGCUACAAAUUCUUGCUUUUUUAUUUAGAAAUUUGAAUAAUUAUCAAGUUAUCGACGAAUGAUUCAUCAACAAGAUCAAAAACAUUUAGGUGAUCUAAUUAUAAAGAUUACUCAAAGACAUGGGGAAGGAUUACUACAAAAUUUUAAAUGUUUCAAGAGAUGUCUCUGAAGCAGAUUUAAAGAAAGCAUAUCGUAAACUUGCUUUGAAGUACCAUCCUGACAAAAACCAAGACCCAGGUGCUUCAGAUACUUUCAAAGAAGUUGGUGAGGCAUAUGAAGUGCUCAGUGAUCCGAAGAAGAGGGAAAUCUAUGACAAGUACGGUGAAGAAGGGUUGAAAGGACAAGCUGGAGGAUUUUCUGGUGCUGAAUUUUCCGGAUUCAACCCUGGCGACUUUAAUUUCUCUGGAUUUGAUCCACAUGAAACAUUCCGCAACUUCUUUGGAGACGAAGAUCCGUUUAAAGAUAUGUUUGAGAAUUUUGGAAGUUUUAGUGGAGGCAUGGGUGGUAUGGGAGGUAUUGGAGGCAUGGGUGGUAUGCCGCACAUGAGUGCCUUCUCUAGUAUGGGUGGCUCCCGCAAAGACCCGGCUGUUGAACAGAAUUUACCGGUUACUUUCGAAGAACUUUUUACCGGUGCAACCAAAAAAAUGAAAAUAACUCGGAAUGUUCUUGUACCUGGGACCAACACAACUAGAUCCGAACCUAAAAUUUUAGAAAUAAAAAUAAAAAAAGGAUGGAAAGAAGGAACCAAAAUUACUUUCCCCAAAGAAGGAAAUCAAACAUCUGGUAGCACUCCGGCUGAUAUUGUGUUCAAAAUCGUUGACAAACCACACAAAACAUUCACUCGAGACGCAGAUAAUAAUUUAAUCUAUCGACAUAAAAUUUCGUUGAAACAAGCACUGAUUGGUGUCCACGUUGACGUACCGACGAUAGAUGGACGCCAUAUCGGAGUGGAGGUUUCCCAAGCUUCUCCGACUACAAAAAGGAUUAUUAAGGAAGAGGGUCUGCCCCUCCCCAAAACACCUGAAAGGAGAGCAGAUCUAAUUGUAGAGUUUGAAAUUUUAUUCCCGAAAAAUUUAUCACCUGAACAGAAAAAUUCACUGAAGCAAAUUUUACCGGAUUAGUUGAAAUUAGAAGAAAGAAAAUGCUACUAGCAUUUAUAGUUGCGAAUUUAUAAAGUAUACUUAAAAUUUAUAUUUUUAUUCAAAAGUAUUUUCGUUUAGUGGAACCAUUAAGAAAAGAACGUUUUUACAGAAGAAACUUUUGCAGUUUUUGCUGAAAAUUUGGUAGAACCGCCAAUUUUUUUUACUUUUUAUUUUUACCUCAAAAGUUUUCUGCAAAAUGCGAAUAUAUUACAGUAACGCUGUAUCCCAAAAGUUUCCUCCACAAACACCUUCCCUUAAGAGCUUCGCCUGUAAUAUUUCUUUACACGUAAGAAACAGUUUUUACAUUCAAGCUAUGUAAUUCUUAACUAAAUAUUUUCAGAACUUGGUUCCUUUGAAAUGCUUUUUGGAAAGAACUUUAUUUAUAGAGCAUUUAUAGAGUAAGUUUUCCCGUCCUAAAUUCUUUUAAAUAUUUUGCAAGUAAUCGCAGUUCACAGAACCAUCAAUCUCAGCCUCAUGUUUCUUUCAUUGUUUCUUAAAAAAAUCUUGACAGUUGUUUUCACCGCUUUGUGAAAUCAGAAAAAAUUCUUUGUUAAGUAUUGUAAUUAUACCUUUCUUACACUAGUGUUAAUACCAUUCAUAAUAGGUUUUUGUGUUAAAAUUUAAGUACCAAAAAAUUACGUUUCUUCAUGUUUCGUAUGAAAAUGAAACUGACGUUUUUAUCAAUCUCGUCCCCAGGGUUUCUUUUUCCCUUAGUAACUACUUCUUUCGCGCCAGCCACAUAUCAGAAAGAGAAAAAGAAUCCCUGGGAACGAGAUUGACGUUUUUAUAAGAGUGUUACUUUUUAUUUAUUUGUAAGUGUUUGGUUACCGCCUCCUCCUUAGUUCCACUUGAACUUGUGUUUACGUGUACGUUAUCAUUACACGUUUUAUGGUUACGUAUGGCGUGAAGAAAUUCUCUCUAGACAA